CCCCUUCAGGACUCUAUAAAUAUCAGCCUCAGUGCCUCACCAAAUUGGCCAUUUAAACCGACGCGAGAAGUUAGAACGACGUGAGAGCGCGCGAGUUUUAGAGAGAGAAAGAGAGUGAGUGAGAAUGCAGUGAAGAGAAGAAAGAAAAUUCAUGGAGAAAAUCACAAAUUUUCUUCACAUUUGUUAAAUUGUGCUCAUUCGAUUUGAAGUGUGCGAGAGAGGUUUCCCGAUGAGGUUCAAAUCAGUGGUGUACUAUGGGGAGGCGCGUUUAGGAGCGCUGGAAACUUUGACAGUGAAGGACCAGAAUUUCGUAUUCCCCAACAACGAGAUACGCAUCCACCAUAUCUCUCAGAACAGCGAGCGGUGCCGUCCUCUCGCUGUUUUUCAAGCAAUUUCCUCCCCUGUUCGUUGCAAGCUUGAACCAAGCUCCGAUUCCAGCAACGUCUCUACUGCCGAGCAAUCUCCGUUGAUCAACCUUCAUUCCUCUUGCUUCUAUGACCUCAAGACAGCAGUGGUAUUAUUAGGGGAUGAAGAAGUACACUUAGUUGCAAUGCCAAGUAAGCAGAAGAAAUUCCCCUGUUUCUGGUGCUUCUCUGUGCCGCGUGGGUUAUAUGGUUCAUGUUUGGGAAUGCUAAAUAUGAGGUGUUUAUCUAUUGUGUUUGAUCUUGAUGAGACGCUGGUUGUUGCUAAUACAAUGAGGUCAUUUGAGAAUAGGAUUGAGGCUUUGCGAGGUUGGACUGCACGAGAGACAGAUCCAAUUCGGGUGUUAGGUAUGUCAGCAGAGAUGAAGAGAUACACUGAGGACAGGGUAUUACUAAAGCAGUACAUAGAGGGUGAUAGUGUUGUGGAUGGUAAUAAAGUAUAUAAGGCUGUUCAAGAGGAGGUUCCCCAGUUAUCUGAUGGGCAUGAGUGCAUUCUUCGCCCAGUCAUAAGAUUGCAGGAAAAGAAUAUUGUCCUUACACGCAUCAAUCCAGAGAACCGUGACACUAGUGUGCUAGUCAGACUACGGCCUGCUUGGGAUGAUUUGAAAACUUAUUUGACUGCUAAAGGUCGCAAAAGAUUUGAAGUAUAUGUUUGCACAAUGGCAGAAAGGGAUUAUGCAUUGGAGAUGUGGAGGUUGCUUGACCCGGAGGCACAGCUUAUCUGCACAAAGCAACUAGUGGACCGCAUUGUAUGUGUUAAAUCAGUGGCAAGAAAGUCUUUACUUAAUGUCUUCCAAGGUGGCAUUUGCCAUCCAAAAUUAGCAAUGGUAAUUGAUGAUCGUUUAAAAGUGUGGGAAGAUAUGGAUCGGCCUCAUGUUCAUGUAGUCCCUCCCUUUGUACCAUAUUAUGCUCCACAAGCUGAGACAGGAAAUGUUGUUCCAGUGCUAUGUGUGGCAAGAAAUGUCGCAUGUGAUGUUCGAAGUCGUUUCUUCAAAGAGUUAGAUGAGAGCCUAUUACAAAACACUGCCAACAUUUCUUAUGAAGAUGAGGUGGUGAAUUUGCCUUCUGGACCUGAUGUUAGCCAUUACUUGGCAUUUGAGGACUCUAGUUUUUUAUCAAAUGGAAGUUUCAACCCUCCCAUCCCUAAGGGAAUGUUUGGACCUGCAGUUGCACAAAGAUUGGAUCAGCAGGAUGGGAAAAAUAAUAUGAAUCCUGCUACACCUUUGAUGCCUCUUAAUCCAGUACUGAAAUCUGAACACUCUCAAUCUGUUCUAGGAUCUGCUCCUAAUUUAUCUGGUUCACUGCCUAUCAAAGGAGGUUUGCUGUUAGAAAAACCUAGUCUGCUUGGAGUUCCAUUCAGAAGAGAUAACAGCAUUUCUGAAACUGAUCGUGAUGGAAGGAAAAGAGUUAGGCAUCAAGGUUCGGCAGAGCCUCCUCUUGUAUCGAGAGUGCCACAAAAUAUUCCAGUGCUUCCCUUGCAAACACUGGGAUCCUGUUUGAUAGAAGAUGACACCAACAGAGGACAUUUUGGUAGCCAAACACGAGGACUUAUUCAAGACUUUGGUGCAUUUGGACCCGAUAAACAAGGUCUUUUACCAUUGCAUGUUUCUGCAACGAAGAGUGAAGAGAAAAUUUCAAUGCAUAAGAAGAAUGUUCCAAAUCCAGUAACUGAUAUUGUUUCACAAAAUCAGUUGCCCUCUGGUAAUAUAGACUUCCAACUGGAAGGUGGGAAAAUGAAUAUCUUACCCUCUAUAGCUAUUGGGGUGUUGCAAGAAAUUGGAAGGCGAUGCACCUCAAAGGUUGAAUUUAGGCCUGGUGUGAGUACCAGUGCUGAACUACAAUUUUCAGUUGAGGUCUUCUUCACUGGUGAGAAAAUUGGUGUUGGUAUGGGUAAAACAAUAAAGGAUGCUCAGCAACAGGCAGCUGCAAAUGCCCUACGUAGUUUAGCUGAUAAAUAUAUGUUCCAUGUUGAAUCGUAUAAUGGAGUGGUGGAUAAAGAUUUUGAUAAUCAUUCAGUGGAAAAUGAAAAUGGAUUUUUAUGGGACUCUCUCAAUCUGGAAGAUAAGAAGCUGGCUGAUGGAAAAUUGGUGAAAGUAAAUGGCUCUGAGGUGGGACUCUGAUGUUAUUGCGCAUGAUUGAUUUGGUUUGUCUUGGGUGGAAGGCAUUAGUUUCUUCUUCAACUUGCAUAGAUUAAUCUACAGGUAGACAGAAUCGGAAUCUGUAAAUGCUCUCUUUUUGUUUGGUUGAUACAGAAUUACAGACUGACCUUAUAGGCUAACAAAUGCCAGAACGAACGAUUCUUUGAUGUUAAAAAUGUUUCGAGUUUCAAGGUUUUAUUAAAUGACAUGCCAUUAGUUAUUGUGCCA